AUGGCACAUCCCGACGCGAUGGCAGACCGUCACCAGCGCAAAGUCGAACUCCAAUCCCCAAAUGACCUGAAAUACCUACAAUCCAACCUCCUCGCCUGCGCGCAUCAGAAACUCGAUCUCCACUUCCCCCCCUCGGCUGCGGUGCCGGGCAGGAACUCUCCGCCUGCGACGAUGAUACAGUUAGACGGCGUCCAGCAGCCGAACGGAGCAGAGCAGUCCCGCGACAACGCACAAGACCAAGAUGGGGACAAGGUUACGGAAGAAGAUCCUCUGCGUGCGCGCGUCCGUACCGUCGUCGAGGCCUUCAUCGCGCGUACCUGGGAGGGAGCGUGCAAGAACAUCACCGUCAACGGGCUGGACGCGACGAAUCUCCCAGGGGCGGGGGCAUUGGCGACUGUGGGUGGCGCGACUUCCGUGACCGGCUGCCCCCAGCGGGAAGAACAGAGAGAGGAGAUGGAAGCGGUCGACUUUGUCUACCAGGCGUAUGACAGCCGGCUCCAGGCGCAAGUGGCGGCUCUCUACGGCGAACUCGAGACGUUGACGACGCAAGUGAGCAAACUGCGACGGACGGCCCCGGCCCAAGGAGCGGAGAUGCUCGCAAAGAGGCUGCAGGAAGAAAUAGAGGCGGACAAUCGCGAAUUCGAGCGGCGGCGCAUGGCGGUGUCGUCCCAACGAGAGGCAGCAGAUUCCGGAGACGACGACAUCCUCAAAAUGAAGCCCCGACGAGACGGAUGGUUCGACGACGUCAGUACUAUGUUUGACCGUGGCACGAACGAGCUUGCGGCCCUGGCCGGCGUUAACAGGGCCGAGGGUGACGAGGCUGAUCACCACCGUCUGUAUGGACCAAGUUUGACCGAGACGUUGGGCAAGAUCCAACGGGCGAGGACGGUGGCCAUGGAGUUUGAGUGA